AUGGCUGAAGGGGGAGAUGUUGAAUGGGAGCUGUGCAAAGAAAACAUUCAGCCUCUCAGGCGUGGAAGACAUAUUUCAGCAUUGCAGGAAGCCCUUACACAGCACCAGGAUGGAUUCAGCUCUGCCAUCAUUCAGAGACAGUCUUUUGAAACAGAACUGAGAGUGAAUGAUGGAGAUGACCCACUGGAUGUGUGGGACAGGUAUAUUGAUUGGACAGAGCAAACAUUUCCCCAAGGAGGAAAAGAAAGUAACCUCAACACGCUGUUAGAAAGAGCCGUGACCAGAUUUACACAAGAGGAAAAGUAUCACAAUGACCCCAGAUACAUUGACCUGUGGAUCAAAUUUGCAAAGACCUGCUCUGAACCCCUGGAUAUCUUUCGGUACAUGCAAGCUCAGGGAAUUGGAAAUUUGCAAGCAUCUUUUUAUAUUGCUUGGUCGGAAGAAUAUGAGAAUCAAGGCAACAGUCGUAAAGCUGAUAUGGUUUACCAGGAGGGGCUCAAAAAGUUUGCCGAGCCACUGGACAAGCUUACACAAUAUCAUAAGGCUCUGCAGGCUCGUGUGUCGCGACAAGUGUUGAUGAAUGUGAAUGAGGAAGACAGCGACGAUGAGUCCAAACAGAUUGAGAGAAUGUCUUUGGCUGAUCUCAAACAUCGAGGAAAGAAAAAAGCUAUCGUCCCAGUUAACCGAACCGGAGCUGCUGUCAAAAGUAAACCAAAUGCAGGUGUCUCCGGGGGUUUACAACUUCAAGGUGCUCCCGUUCUCGGAAAUGCCACCAAUAGCCGAUUUGUAAUCUUCGAUGAAAAUAAAACUGAUGAAGAUCCAUCACAACCAACAUUUGAGCCAUGGGCAGCACCACCAUCUUCUUCAAGGACCAAAGAAAAUGAACAAAAACCUCAAAAGUGGUGCGACGUCAAGAUGCGUCAAAAAACAAAAUAUGGGCAUACAGUUAUGGCACCGCCCCCACCUGCCAAACCAACAUUCCAGCCGUUUGUAGAGGAGUCCGAUCAACCACCAACAAUGACCCCGUGUAAGAUCAAUCCAGCUGUAAACACUGUACUAUCGGCUCGAAAGCCUCGCAAAGAAGAAACGCCCCUAAAGAGGCUACAAGACAAACAGCAGAAAGAAAGUGAGACAGAGAAAGUCCAGGAAAUGAGUAUGUACUGUAAAGAGCUGCUGCUCAGCGGAGCCACAGAGUUCUGCUUUGAGGAGCUGCGAGCAGAGCGAUACCGCCAGAAGAUGUCCCAAGGUCACGUCAGAGGCAAGCGGCAGCCUGCAGUGUGCGCUGGCUUGAGCUCCCAAGCCUCCAUCCUCAUCCUUAGCAGCACGCCGUGUGAGCGUGCUAUCACAGUGCAUGCAAGUUUGUAUGUGCUCACCCCACAUCCUUCCCAGAGGAGGGUUCUGCUCUUCACUGGACAAGGCAAGGGAUAUAGUGAGGAGGGCAAGCUGUGGCCUGUGUGGAACUGA